AUGGCGGACAGAUCUUUCAUCAUCCGUGUUGAGUUCGACAAAUUCCCAAUAACGAUUUUAUCCCCUGCCAUGGCUGCAUACCUUAGGAUGAUGGGGGUUGUACAACUUCGACUGCACAAUGACAAGGGGAACACUUGGAUUGUUGUCGCCGGUCUAAAUGCCGGAAGCGCCAUCUUCCAAGAGGUAAACGAGGGAGACACCAUUGUGUUCGAUCAUGUUGGUUUGCAUAUCUUCAAUGUUUUUAUUUUUGAUGACAAAGGAAACAUAAAAUCAGCUCCUGCUAAAGGCGAUCUACAUCCUUAUGCAGCCAUGACGAACAACGACGAUGUACAACAAAUGGCGGCAGUAUUUCGCGGACCAGGAUGGAGCGAGCAGGACGUGUUGGUGUGUUACAAACUCUUCUUUGAAAAGGCUCUCGCAUUGAAUGAAAUUCACAGGCCCUCGACUCCACUGGCGCGAGAUCUGUCACAAUUAUUGGGUAGAUAUGUUGAAAAUCGGGCUGUUAGAGAACAAAUACAGCGGCUAAGAAACCACUACAACAUUUUCAGGAAGUUUCUGCAGAGAACGCGCUCAAAAUUCCAUUCGGAAAGUGGCGAGGUUAGGGUGAACAACUUCUAUUGGUUAUACGUGUGGCCCGAGGAAAAUCCUAUCGAACGAUUUCACCGAACAACUAACUUCAAGUGGCACGACGAAUGCAUGCUGGUAAUUGAAAUGAGAGAAGCGGCUAAAAUUUGUUUCAACGAUUCCUCUCGCAAUGGGAGCCCCGAUUACCCGCCUCGCCGGAGUUGA